GUCGUUGAACUGAGUCUGUUACGUUUGCUUGAGUCGAGAGCUAGAGAUCGAGAGUCGUUUCGUUCCUUUCUUGCUCAAAUCUAUUUUACUUCCUCAUCCGGAGCUACAAACAUGGUUGUGUUGAAGGGCAUUCCACGCAUUCUCUCUCCCCAGCUGCUCUCCGUGCUGGCCAGGAUGGGUCACGGAGAUGAAAUCGUGCUGGCUGAUGCCAAUUUCCCCACGGCUUCUGUGUGCCAGAGUGGACCAGAGAUGGUUCGCGCUGAUGGCCAUGACAUUCCAGCCAUUUUGAAAGCAGUCCUGCAGCUCUUGCCCCUCGAUGCGUACGUCCCAAAGCCGGCGGCCGUGAUGGCUGUUGUACCAUCCGAUGUGGAGAAAGGCCUGAAGACGCCAGUCUGGGACACGUACAGAACUUUGCUGAACGAGGCCGAGGGAAAGAAGGUGGAGUUGGAGGAGGUUGAGCGUUUUGCUUUCUAUGACAGAGCAAAGGCAGCCUUUGCAGUUGUGCACACUGGAGAAACUGCUCUGUAUGGCAACAUCAUCUUGAAGAAAGGUGUCUUGUAGACUAUCAUCAUCCUGCUCCCUCGCCGUCCAUGUUCUGUUGACCUUGUGCCCGGGCAGUCUGUAGGUAUGUGAGCAAGCCUUUCGACGCGCACGGCCCUGCUUACAGCUUUCCUUCUUGUCUAUUUUCACAAUUGUCUCAAUUUUAAGUUUUUCCGCUAUUACUUCAGGCGGUCCCAUGGCUUGUGCCCAUUUAUCUGCACUUUGAAUCGAUUGUUGUUGUUAGCAUCCUGCUGAGACGGCAAUGCCUUCACUAGGGUGAGUAGAUCCUACCAUUGUUUUGUAGUACAACUUGAAGUGCUUGUGCUAACUGGCUUUAAUACUUGCACUGUUACUGUCGUAUUUAUAGCUUAUCUCCUGGUGAGAUGGAUGUGAACUUCUAUAAUUAUU